ACGUCUCCUUCUCUCCGCCAAUACCCAACAAUUUCCCCUCCCUCUCUCUCUCUCUGGCAUUGCAAGAAAGAAACCAGUUUCGUUGCAAUUUGGCCGCCAAAGCCAGACCGAACAAACAACAAAAACCCUUUGGGAUUUCAGUUCCUCUCCUCUGUUUCUGAGAACCCUCUUUCCCGCGCCAUGGAUUGCUUGGAAUCGGCGGCAUCGCCGGAAUAUGCAUACAUCCUCCUCUACAAGGCGGCAUCGAUGAUACCCAUCUCGCAUUACGCGUUGGGUCUUCUGCUCGUUGUGACUGCCGUUCUGUACAAUUUCUUGGAGUUCCAUAUCCUGGAAGAUUUCCGAACCGGGUUUCGCGGAAGCCCGGUUUCUCUGGCGUACAAUUCUUGCUCGGAGAUUUAUGAAGGCGUUGUCUCCAAGUGUCGAUUACUUCACGGAAGGUAUUUGGCGACUCCGUGGCUGGCAAGUCCUCAUAUCCAGACUACUUUCUUGAAUUUCUUUGGUAGGCCUCCCGUUUUCAGUUACAGAAGACAGUUAUUUCAUGCAUCUGAUGGUGGAACUAUUGCUUUGGAUUGGCUAUUGAGUAAUGAUGUUGCAGAAGGUGGGUUUUACCGGGGUAGUUCUAUUUCUAAAGAUGACUCAACCCCUAUUGUGGUAGUGAUUCCUGGUCUAACAAGUGAUUCUGCUUCAGCUUACAUAAAGCAUCUUGCGUUUGAUACAGCAAAAAGAGGAUGGAAUGUGGUUGUUAGCAACCACAGAGGAUUAGGUGGUAUUUCUGUCACCUCUGAUUGCUUUUACAAUGCUGGAUGGACUGAAGAUGCAAGGGAAGUUUUUCAUUAUCUCCAUCAGGAAUAUGCCAAGGCUCCACUUUUUGCUGUAGGAACCAGCAUCGGAGCAAACAUUCUGGUAAAAUAUCUUGGAGAGGAUGGAGAGAAUGUUCCUAUUGCUGGGGCUGUUGCUAUUUGCUCCCCUUGGGACCUUUUGAUUGGUGACAGGUUCAUAUCUCGCAGGCUUAUACAAAAGUUCUAUGACAGAGCUCUUACAAUUGGUCUUCAAGGUUAUGCCCAAUUGCAUCAACCUCAUUAUUCUCGCCUAGCUGAUUGGGAAGGCAUUAAAAAGUCACGUUCUAUUCGUGAUUUUGACAAUUAUGCUACCUGCCUUGUUGGGAAAUUUGAGACUGUGGACACAUACUACCGACGAUGUAGCAGUGCUAGUUUUGUGGGAAAUGUUUCCAUCCCAUUACUCUGUGUCAGUGCUUUGGAUGAUCCACUCUGUACUAGGGAGGCCAUACCUUGGGAUGAGUGCAGAGCAAACAAAAAUGUUGUUCUUGCUACGACACGACAUGGAGGACAUCUUGCAUUUUUUGAAGGACUAACAGCAACUGGUCUCUGGUGGGUAAGGGCAUCCUUCGAAUUCCUCAGUGUUCUACAUUGUAGUCCUUUUAUGCAUAAAAGAAAGGCACAAAAUCCUCUCGGACCACAUUCUUCACUGCAAUCUUCUAUUGAUCAGGGCCCAUAUCUAAAUGUAACAGAUGGAAUGGUGGCUGCAAUGGGCAAUGAGCCGAUAGCCAAUGAUGUUGAACACUUGCCUGAUUUUCCACCCAAUGCAGCCCAGACCUCAGAACAAGCUACCACAGUCAAGGAUCGCAACUCGUCUAUUAUAACCAAUCGAAUUGGAAGAUGCUUAAACGAGCUUUUUCUACAGAAAAGAACAUCAAUGUGGCUGCUCGGUUACAUUGCCAUCCUAUCGAGUUGGCCAUUGGUAGGAGCAGCUCUUCAUUUUGUGUUCAAGAAGAAGCUCGGAAAAGUCUCGCAUGCAAAGUUGAAGAACAAUUAGACGAAUUCGGUAAAUACUAUGUAUUCAACGUACAACUAUAGUAAUGUUUAGCAUUUUUUUAAUAUUGAUGUACUUUGAGACCCAUCUUGGUUGUGAAAUCUAGUACAAAGCCACCUGUAAAAGAUUGGAGUUUGAAAAUGUAAUUUAUAUGUAAUGCACUUGGAAUC